UUUAAAACUGUAAUUUCCGAAAAUAAUCUCGUAUUUUCCGAAAAAUUGUUUCUUGUUCUGUCCAGCUCUAAUUUCUCCAACAUUUUUCAGCUGAAAUGCUGAAUUUGGCUCUGAUCUUCCCCAAAAUUUUGGAAAAAUGGUUGCUUUGCUGUAAUUAGGGUUUUCACUGCAGAGAUCUGCCUGAAAAAAGCAGGCUUUUGAGGAUUUAAGGGUCUCACUUCAGAAGUGGAACUGUUGAGCUGCUGCAGCGAUUUUUUUUUUUUCGUUUUCUCGCUAUGGUCCUUACUAAGCUCUGUACUGUUGAAGAUCCAAAUUUUCGUGGUCGAAGUGGUGAAAAAAUCUCAGCUUUGAGGAUUGUCAGGAAGCUUUUGCUGUUCUUUGAUGGGGAAAUUUUGCAGGUUUGCAUGGAAAUUUAGCCUGCCGGCGGGGCGGAAAUGUCGGGUUCGGAGAGGGGAGUGAUGGCGAGUAGCAGAGGUGAGCCCUUCAACAAUGUCGGGGGUCUCCAGAAGGGCCCACUGACCUCACAGCCGAUGAUACAUAACAUGCGGCUAGCUUUCAGCGGCGACGGGACAGCUGUGUACAAGCCAAUUACACCGAGCUCCCCGUCCUACCACUCCCCGAAUGGGGUUGGCGCUGGAGGAGGGGCCGAGGCAGGGAGCGAAGCUGGAGGGAUUAAUGUGAACAUCGGUGGUGGCGGAGUUGGGGCUGAGCAGCAGCCGGUGAAGAAGAAGAGGGGGCGCCCGAGGAAGUACGGGCCAGACGGCUCGAUGUCGUUGGCUCUCAUUCCAGCAGCAGCUGGUGCUGUUGCAGCCUCUACCGGAGGAUUCCCUUCACCUCCUGCUAGUGCUGGUGGCGGUGCUUCUGGUGGUUCGGCAGCAUCGCCUACUUCAGUGAAGAAGUCCCGAGGGAGGCCCCCGGGUUCUAGCAACAAAAAGAGCCGGUUGGAAGCUCUCGGUUCAUCAGGGACUGGAUUUACACCAUAUAUCAUCACUGUCAAAGCUGGAGAGGACGUGUCCUCGAAAAUAAUGUCCUUUCUCCAGCAUGGUUCCAAGGCAGUUUGCAUCUUAUCAGCAAAUGGUGCCAUCUCUAAUGUGACCCUCCGUCAACCAGCCACAUCUGGCGGUACUGUAACUUAUGAGGGCCGGUUCGAAAUCCUCUCUCUUUCUGGCUCCUUUCUGCUAUCAGAAGUCGGAGGGCAGCGGAGCAGAACUGGUGGCUUGAGUGUAUCUCUGUCUGGCCCAGAUGGCCAAGUUUUAGGUGGUGGGGUCGCAGGCCUUUUAACGGCAGCUUCACCUAUUCAGGUGGUAGUGGGCAGUUUCAAUGCAGAAGGUGGUGGUAGUGGUCGUCGUAAGGAACAAAAGGCACCAAACCAAGCUGAACCAUUCUUUGCCCCAUCAAAGCUUGCUUCAGGCCCUGGCGGUGGGACCAUGGGGGGUAGCAGCUCAGCGUGGGUUGACGGGACCGCCAGCGGAUCCUCGGAUGGGCCAGGCAGCCCGCUUGAGCAAACCAUGGGACACGGCGCUGGUCUGCAAGGCCUCUCAAGUAUGCCAUGGAAGUAAAUGGCAAAUACGACACUGUUUUCCUAGCACUGAUCUCUGUUCCUAACUGGUAGGAAAGUUUGGAACCUGUAAUUCGGUAAUUAGACCUUUUGGUAAAACUAUGACAAGUCAGUACCUGACCCAUAGUAGUGUCCUGUGUUUUGAGUCUGGCAGUUGAGUUUAGUACCCUCUCUUUUGUCAAUGGCCAUGCCAGUGAGUCAUCUGGACGAAAGUCGUUUAGCAAUUAGGAGUGUUUUCUUUUGGUGAAAGCUGUCGUUAGUUUUCUUAGUCGAAUCAGAUGGUUUAAGUCUUGCUCACUGUUAAUGUUGUUGAUGAUGAUGCCUCUAGUGUUCUUUAUGUGUUGUUAA